AUAAAAAUAAAAAAAAAUUUCUUAUUGGAGACUUUAAUAUGAAUUGUUUUAUAUAUAAUGAUAACAACAAAGUUAGAAACAUUUAUGAUUCAAUUUUUGAGGCUGGAGCUUUUCCAUUAAUAAAUCGCCCGACGAGAGUGACAAAAUACUCAGCAACUUUACUAGACAAUAUCAUUACAACAGACAUCUUUAAUAAUGAUAUAAAAAAAGGGAUUAUAAAAACAGAUAUCUCGGAUCACUUUCCUAUUUUUCUGACUAUACCCACUAACCAAGCAAAUGUAAAAAAACCUAACAAAAUCUUAACUAAACGUAUUUUAUACAAUCCACAAAUUAUAGCUAAUGAGUUUAAUAAAUAUUUUGUUGAAAUUGGUCCAACCCUAUCAGAUAAAAUUCCAAUUACCAAAACUUCUUUUUAUGAUUUUUUAGCACCUCUUGAUAAAGGCAUUUGCUCAGAUGAACUAUCGUCCGAAUUAUCCUUUGAAGAGUUUGAAAAAGCUUUUAAAACCUUUAAAAAAAAUAAAGCAACUGGGCCUGAUGAAAUAAACGGAAAUAUAAUUAUAGAUUGCUAUGAACAAAUUAAAAAUAUUCUUUUUAAAAUCUACAAAGCAUCCAUCCAACAAGGAAUUUUCCCUGAGCGCUUAAAAAUUGCUAAAAUUAUUCCAAUUCACAAAGAAGGCGACAGAUCCAAUAUCAAUAAUUACCGCCCCAUCUCUAUCCUAUCUGUAUUCUCCAAAAUCCUAGAUAGAAUUAUGUUUAACAGAGUUAAUAAUUAUUUUAAUUACAAUAACCUACUAUACAAUAAUCAAGUCGGUUUCAAAAAAGAUCAACUGAGCAUGCCAUUAUUCAAUUUGUACGCAACAUCUCCAAAUCCUUUGAAAAAGCUCAAUAUACAUUAG